AUGGCACGCAAACUAAGCCACCAAAGGGUCACUUAUGGUAAGUCGCUUGAGGUUCGCCGCGGGAAAAUACUAACCCUGGCAGUCCUUCCCUUGCCUGAUGCCCCCGGUGGGCACCGGCUAGGGGUCAAUGGUCUCACUGUUGACCACCAGAACUCCAUUCUAUACUCCGCGGGCCGCGACGGCGUCAUCUGUGCCUGGGACCUGGACUUUCCUCUCGCUCCUUCGUUCGCCCCGUCAAACGGAACGUCCACGGGGGCUAAGCCUAACCCUACCGGCUUCAAAACACAGGUUCAAGCCCACAGCCAUUGGAUCAACGAUAUUGUCUUGGCACAGGACAACUCCGCGCUCGUCUCCGCCUCGUCCGACACGACCGUGCGACUCUGGCGCCCGCAUUCCGAGUCAGUCGAUGUGCCCGAACGGAUCGGCAAGCACGCGGAUUAUGUUAAAGCGCUGGCGAGUCCAGGGAACCAUGCCAGCUGGGUGGCCUCAGGCGGUCUCGACCAAAAAGUCUACUUGUGGGAUCUGAACGGUGGUGGGGAAACAUUGAGCAUCAAUGCCGGCGGCGAAGACUCUACAGACAAGGGAUCUGUCUACGCACUGGGUGCUGUCUCGUCGGUACUUGCCAGUGGUGGGCCCGAGAAUGUCGUGCGAGUGUGGGAUCCCAGGUCUGGGAAGCCUGUGACCAAAUUCGUGGGCCAUACCGAUAACAUUCGUGACAUACUGAUCAACCAGACGGGUGAUACGAUUAUGACUGCCUCGUCUGACCAGACAAUCAAGAUCUGGUCGCUCACAGCGGGUCGGUGCAUGAACACCCUGACCAUGCACAAUGACAGUGUGUGGUCGCUCUACUCCGACCACCCUGAUCUAUCUGUUUUCUACUCCAGUGAUCGAUCUGGCUUAGUGGCCAAAACUGAUACACGCGGAUCGCCAGACCUCGAACAGGGCACUUCUGUGGCUGCACUACAAGAGCACGAGGGUGUGGUUAAGGUUGUGGCUGCCGGAGACUACAUUUGGACCGCUACGCCGAAAUCGAGUAUCAACCGCUGGCGAGAUGCGGAUACUACACUUGACAUCGAAGCUCCACCUGACCCAUCCCGCACGAUCGACUCUGCUGCAGCACCGGCUGCCCCGGCCAACGAGCAACCGAAAAAGAUCCCCUUCAAUGCAGUCUUGCAGUUGUCAGCAACAUCAAUUCUCGGUUCGCCCAAAGCUAGCACCCCGGAGCCUACCUUGGAGACCCUUGGCUUGACGAUUCCGGUCCAGUCGCUGCCUGAGGAAUCCAUCGAGGGCCAGCACGGCUUGAUCAAAUGUUUAAUGCUGAAUGAUCGGAGGCGCACACUUACUCAAGACUCAGCAGGGGAAGUCAUCCUCUGGGACUUGCUCAAGUGUCUUCCUGUCCAAACAUUUGGCAAGCGCCACAUAGAUGAUGUCGCAUCUGAAAUAAACACCAUCGAUAGCAUCGCGCACUGGUGUGCAAUUGAUGUCCGCACUGGCAGGUUAUCGGUUAUCCUGGAGCCUAACCGUUGUUUCGAUGCGGAAGUCUAUGCGGACGAAACCGACCUAUCGCCGUCUGACAUACCCGAGUUUAGAGACGAUCAAAGAAUUAAUCUCGGCAAAUGGAUCCUGCGUUGGCUAUUUGCUCCAGUCGUGGACGAGGAGGUCCGACGAGACAUUGAGUUCCGUCAAGCUGCCAUGGCAAAGGCAGAAGAGGUAGCCCGUGCCAACCAACUGAGUACCUCAGUGCCCAACGAUGACAUUCCACGAAGCGUUGGUAUUCCAAUCUCCAACCCCAAUGGAUCCUUGCGUCCGGGAUCGGACUUCCAGGGAAGCCCGAGCACUGGAUUCGGGAUCAACAUCGGCACACCAUCAUCAAACUAUCUGAGUACAUCCAUUCAAAGUAACUCUCCGUUCCCAAAUUUCGAGCCGGAUACGCCCGAUGCCUCUGGACCCGGAAACUCUCAUCUUGAUGGUGGGCCGUCUUCCUUCUCGGAUAGGAGCGACUAUUUCUCAAACCGGACUACGCCCACGCAGGCUCAACAGAACGAGAAUGAUAAAAAUCCCUUGUCCCCGCAUGAUACAAAUUCAACUUCAGCGGUCCCUCAGUCUCCGGCGGAGCCUGACAAGGAAGAACGCAAGAAGUCUCUAUUCAGCAAGAAGUUCAGAAUGGACUUCCCCAAGAAGCUUUCUCGGACUUCUACUGAUACUAAGCCCCAGAUCUUGGAAGAGAAGGCCGAAGAUACUGAGAUUUCUUCUAUCAAAGAAGAGAAGGUUUAUGAGCCGAACCUUUGUGGUGUAGUAGACCGGAUUCGUCAUGACUAUGAAGAAAUCCUGGCUUCUAAUGCAGAACGAGAUUUGGAGACUUCUAUUCUGCCCAGCGACGAGAGCGAAACCCCCCGGUUGGACAUCCCACCUCGGACUGCAGUAUUCAUCCAAGAGGAAACGGGGGACACAGCUGUUGCGUCUGAUCUCUACAGAGGUAGUGUGGGUCACAUUAGCGAAGACCUCGAGAGGUUGAAGAAGUCGAUCCCGCAUUGGCUCGGUGAGCUUUUGCUGAAGAACCAAAUUCCCUUCAAGGACCAAGUGAAGAUCGCCUUUGUGCUGAAGCCCUUUGAUGAUUCGUUGCCUCCCGUCGUCAAGCCCGAGCCGUAUGUACCUCCGAAGAUCGUACCCCCAACGAUCGUACCCCCAACGAUCGUACCCCCAUCAUCCCAAGGGACCAGUCAUGAGCGAUGGAAACUCUUCCCCAAUUGGCGUUGCAAAACCCAAGCUAACCCUCUGGCUACCAGUGCACCUCCCAACGGUGCCCCACCCGGAAACCAGGCCAACAACAAUAAUGGAUCUCGUCUGAAUGCCAACCGUAUGCUUCGAGCAAAGAAAGUGCUUGCUUACGUUGCGGAACGCAUCGAUCCCGCCGAUCCAAACGAACCCGAGGACUCCCUCAUGCCACCCGAGGAAUAUCUUGAGCUUUACUGCCAAAAGACGCUCUGUCCACCAAAUAUGACACUAGCAACGAUUCGGACGCACCUUUGGCGCACCUCAGGAGACAUGAUCCUCUACUACAAGACGAAUGGCAAGAAAGAAAUCCACCCACCCCCAUCCCUCCUCGGCAUCGAAGAUAGCACCGUUUCCCUGGGCGAGCCUCAUGCUCCAAACGGUGAUAACCAUGCUCCCCCUCCCCCUGGAAGCAUACAUUCGACGGCCAAUUCUGGAUCUGUUGCCGGAUCUUUUGCCACUUAG